AUGGUUACCUAUCAAGUAAGUCUCCAGCUUCUCCAUAUUUGUUGCUUUCAGACCGAUUCUCGAGGCAAACGUUCGACAAGAAAAUUUUUCCGUUAUGCGCUUCGGAGACGUCCCUGCAUGGGGAUGAUUGUGAUCUCUUCCAUCAUCAUCCCCAUCCUCCUCUUCUUGUGCAUUUUCUUCUUCUUUUGGAUCCGAAGUUCGUAUCUGCAUAAUGAAAUCUUUAGAAGGGAUAAAGCCAGAUUGAAGGCCCAAAGAGAUGGUAUUUCUUUUCAUCAUUGUUCCUAUGUUGAAACUGGGACAUUCAAUCAAGUAAGGAGGUUUUUCUACAAACUCUCCGAUUACAUUUAUUUUACAAUAAUCGUAAUUUCAGAGCUUUUGUCAUUUGUAUUGUGGAUCUGCCGCUGAAGCCUGGAGGAUCCAUAGCCUACAGCAGGAUAAAUAUGUGGACUCUUCUUGUCUGGACAAGUACGAACAUGUGAGUUACUUACAGGCUUUUUGAGGUGUGGAAAAAAUUUGAUUUGUUUUUGAAGUCGCAUUAUCAGUCUGUCGUGAAAAGAACGGAACAUUUGUCUCCGCAGCAAAAAUAAGUCAAAUGUUGAAUUAAUUUUGAUGCGACACUGUGGUUGUCACAUAUUUUCCCGACAGGCUGAUAAAGAAGGUAACUGUGCAAAGUAAAGUUUUGUUCCUUUUAGUACAUGUCGCGAAAAUCGCCGCAGUUUUUUCCUGUCGGACUAGUAUUACAUAAUAUAUGUACAUCUGCUUUGCAGGUUUCUUGUCACGCCGGAAAUCAUUGUCUCCCAACUCCGGAAUCCCUCGUUGGCUGUCGCGGAACGAAUUGGGCUAUAAGCGAGAACGAAGACGAUGGUUUGGAUUCUAUCAGUCCCUUUGUUCAAGCCGUAACGGACGACGUUAUCAGAAGUGCCACAAAUUCAGUGGUCCUGGCCAAUCAACUAAUUGCCAAAUGUCCCCAAUGCACCGCGCGAAGUGAUUAUUUCAAAUUCAAAGAAGGAGGAGCAUGCUUUCGGAAGAUAGCGACCAUCGAAGAAGGAUGGCCGGCUCUGUGGCAAUAUUGUACGAACUUGCAGCGCGGCAAGCGUGACGUUAAUUGUGAACUUGUUAUUAAUGCAGGAAAUAACCAUUGAUUGUAAAUUCUCGGUGUUUAUUUUUGCCCAGAAUAAAAACUAUAUCCAGAAAAGACAAUUCUUUGUAUAAAUAUCAUGAUUUGUGUAUGGCCAUAAUGUAAACUUUUUGAAACGGUAGUUUUUUGACUUGAAAAAAUAUAGUACUACUUUUAGAGGUCACAGGUGGGGUGAUGCCGGUGGAAUGGAGAUGUUCUCGAGUUGCAGUCUUCGGCAAUUUUAUUUUUCUACUCGUUUCUUUUUCACUACUGUAACGUUACAACUGUAAUUGAGUAAUUUUAAAUUGCUUUUUUCACAAAUAAUCGAUGGUGCUGAUUUCAAAUCAUACCCAAAACUCAAUUUUGGGGAUGAUUUGAAAGCACGGUCGAACUCAGGGAGAGACCUGGUCGAUGUGAUUCCGAUUCUUUGAUGAUUCGAUGAACUGAUUAGAACUACAGAUAAUAGCUGAGGCGAGGCUUUAUGAGGGGUAUUGUCUAUUUUAAUUUAAAAAGAUUUGGACGAGCUGAGAAUCUUAAUUUAUGCCUUCUUGUCGCUUGCCAUCUAAAUUAACAACUGGAGGGUUCUGUUGUUAAUUUAGAGGGGAGUAUCAACCUUGCCAAAAAAUCUUAAUCUUUUUUUUGUUGUAGACGACUUUCAGUGUUAGAAAUAUCGAAAUCAAGAUUGCUAUGUCUUUUUCGAAGAGACUUCUGAUGUCGGGAAUCCUUUUUACUUCCCUUACACUUUACCAGUUUCGUUCACGCCUAUUAGCCCUACAAAAUCCCCAGGACGCUCCUUGUCAUCCCGACAACGCAAUUCCAAUCUUCUUCACGUCGUUCGAAGAGCGGAACCUUCUUCUUGUCCGUUUAUCUCCGUCGAUCUUAUAAUAUUUGGGAGGCGAAACACACACGGCGCUUCGUACGUGAUUGGGUUCCUCGAUCGGUUUCCGUUACAACCCCCAUUGUUCAUUGUUUUGCAGCCGCUUUUCCACAAAAAUUCCUGACCCUGACCUUAUUAUUGCAUUCUUGACGCGCGUUUAAUUAGCCUUAAUUCAGCUAGAUCGAAAUCAAAAUUUGGAUCGAUUUUUUUUUGAAAGUGUUCACCAAUUAUGCGAUCUUAAUUUACGCAAACCGUUUUCGUUGCGAAAAACAGAUGAAAAGCUUCAGAUAAAGGUAAAGCCAAAAUAAAAGUGGACGACGAAACAAAAUUGGUAAACUUUCAAUUUUUGGCGCUGUGGAAUAGUCCUAAAAUGACGUUUGUCGUAUGUUAUAGCCCAAAUUCUCUCCAUUCAAGGGGUUUCUCAAACCAAUUCGUAUCCGGAACCUUUGAUUCCCCCGCUUUAUCACGAUCUUUCUUAUUCCCGGAUAUCUCCCAAACGAAAGUAAAAGUUUGUAGUUAAUGUAAACGACUCCAAAAAUAAGACCCACAAACCUUUCGCCAAACUGGCGAUCAAAAUAAUUACUUUCCAAUGUCUCUCCACUACCUGCCAAGUCUAUUUUUCAUUGUUUUGACGUCACUGUGCAUUGUUUUAAACCUUUUUGGUAGUAUUUCUGAGCCAUUAAGAAGCGAUCCGUCAAAGUUUUUACUCAGAGAGCAGUUCAAAAGCCGCAGCGAUCUUAGAUCGUGGUAUAAAACAUUACAAUUUAAAGAUUUCCAAAGGUCAUGUUUUUGCCAUCAUUUUGUCUGUUAUUUUGCAUUAUUUUUUGUACUAUUUCAGAUGUUUUUCCAUCCUAAUCACAUGCCUCUGAAGGUUUAAAUUGAAAUCUACUACUCCAUUACCAUUCCAGAUAUGGGCAUGAAACUGGAAUCAAGAUGGGAACGUCGGCUGCAGACCGGGACCGUCAUGAAGUACAUGUUUAUCUUCCUGAUCAUGCCCUUCUUGUCUCUUGCCAUCGUCGCUUAUAUCCUCUUGUAUACCAGAUUUUGGUGGACCAUGGGCUUCUAUUUUGUCUGGCUAUAUUACGAUUGGAAUGUGGGUGAGACUGGAGGAAGACCAAGUAGUUGGUAUAGGAGGUUGUUCAUAUGGAAAGCGAUGGCCGAUUACUUCCCAAACGAAGUUAUUCUCACUUCGAGAAUACCAAAGGAUCGUAACUACAUUUUUGGGUGAGAUUUUUUUUUUUUCGCAUAGCAAACCCUCUAAAUAUCCUGUUACACAGUCAAUAUUACAGUUGGCAUCCGCAUGGGAUAAUAACUGUCAGUGUUUUCAACAAUUUCUGUACAAACGGGACUGGCCUGGAUGAGAAAAUGCCCGGGAUUCAACGAUUUGUCGCCUCCCUCUCUUCCCAGUUUUAUUAUCCAUUCCGGAGAGAACUCGUUACCGCUUUAGGUGUGAUUGCUUCUUCCAAAGAAGCUCUAAGCGCGGUUCUUAGUCGCAAAGGAGGUGGAAAUGCCGUUGGAUUGGUGAUUGGGGGAGCUGAAGAAGCCAUGGAAUCCCAUCCGGAUGUCUUUGCUUUAAACCUGAAGAACCGGAAAGGAUUUGUGAAACUGGCUUUGCGUAAUGGCGCAUCCCUUGUUCCCACUUAUACCUUCGGAGAGACGGCGGUAUUCCAUCAGGUAAGGGAACGGCAACACCUAAAAUCAAGCACCUUGUAGUUGAAUAACAAAAAAGGAACUCCUCUCCGAGAUUAUCAAUCAAUCUUUAAAAAGAAGGUAGGAGUCAGCCCCGUCCUCUUUUAUGGCGCUGGAAUGUUCAAAAAUACCCUUGGAAUGCUCCCGUUCAGAAGGAAAAUGAUCAGUAUCAGUAAGCCCAUCCUCAUCCACGCAUCAAUUUUUAGUUGGCUCUCCCAUUCUGGUGAACAAAGUGGAAGAUCCAAGCCAAGAACAGAUCGAUGCUCUUCAUUCUGAAUAUAUAGCUAAACUCACUCGACUUUUUGAUGACCACAAACAUCUUUAUAACGUCCCCAAAGACAAGAAACUUCACAUCUAUUGA